CUCCUCCCCACUUAACUUGCAGAACAACAACAAUGGAGAAAGCUCUCUUCCGAUCAUCUUUCGUUUUUUAAUACUUUGUUUUCGUUUUAAGCUAAACUCGUUUGUCCCCUACUAAAAAAAUGGAAAAUCGAGUGGGUUUCAGAUUCAUUCCUACGGACCAGGAGAUCGUGGACUAUUACAUCAGGCUCAAAAACAUCGGUGGUUCGGACACUAACCAUGUCGAUAAAGCCAUUGGAGCAGUCGACAUCUGUAGCUUCGAUCCUUGGGAGUUACCUUCCAAGUCACGGAGGGAAUCGAGAGAUCAGAUUUGGUAUUUCUUUUGUCGGAAGGACAACAGAGGAGAGAGACAGAGCAGAAAAACCAAGUCUGGUUUCUGGAAGAAAACUGGACCUACAAUGGAUAUCUUCCAAAAGAGAGGAGAUCGCGAGAAGAUCGGUGAGAAAAGGGUUUUGGUGUUUCACUUGAGCGGUUGCAAAUCGAAAUCAGCUUGGGUCAUGCACGAAUACGUGGCUACCUUCUUGCCUCCUACUGAUCACAUGACGUAUACAUUGUGUAAAUUAAAGUUCAAGGGUGACGCCAGUGAUUUACCUUCUUCUUCUGGUGCUGACGGCGGCGGCGACGGUGGUUGCGGCGACGGUGGUGGUGGUGGAGGUGACGGCGACGGCGGUGGUGGUGACGGUUAUGAUGGUGGUGAUGGUUGUGGCGGCGUCGACGGCGACGGUGGUGGUGCUGGCGAUUGUGAUGGUGGUGGUGGCGGUGGCGGUUUUGAUGGUGGUGGUGGCGGCGGUGGAGUUGAUGAGCAUAAUCAAUUUCUCAUCACUCAUAACUCUGGUGGAUAUGAGUUUAAUGUUUCAACCGAUGAUUUCAACUGUUUUCUCAAUUACAAUGAUGAUGAGGAGCAGGGGAAUACUAUGUUUAUGCAGUACGAUCGUAACACUUACAGACCAAACUGUCCCUAAUUCUACUUUGUGCCACUACUCAAAUCAUUUUGUUGCUUCUAAUUUGAUAUGAUUCAAGGUGAGCAAAAGCAGUCUUGAUGCCUCCAAGGAGAAUAUGAUGAUGUACAAGGGACUGAGAUGGGAGAAUACCAUAAAAUGGAUCUAGAGGUCAUCAACAACAAAAGAGGAAGUUUCUUUUACAGGAAAAUCCGAAGAUGCAUCAAGAAAACUCUGCUAUGUU